CCCAACUUCAGGUUCCAAGAGUCCAGCACUAGGGUGACCUUAGGUGCCACCAUGACGAACAAUUUCCUCCCGCGGUCAGACUCAGAGGGUCUGGAAUCUCUUGAUCAAACCGAAGAUAAGCGCAACAGCCUUGAUGCCUACCUGGCAGGCAUCGGGCUCGCUAAAUGGAGAACCGAAAUCCAUUCCGCCAUCGCCCAGGGGGCUCAAGAUGUACUCGCCAUCAUGACACAACCAUGGUCGGUCGAUGAGAUACGGGAUGUCGCCCGCAGGAUGCAACACUCCCCCGAAGGCAUCCUCCAGGUGACAAACAUCAUGUGGUACCUCACCUUCCUUGGCAUCGAACGCGGCCAGACCUUUGUGACGGGCGCGUAUCUCUGUCGAGAUCCAGAAGGCCGGUUGUCGGCCUACUUCGGCGGCAUGGGCACACCACGCAUCAGCAGCCAUUUGAAGAGACAAAGCUCCCCGGGAUGCACCACUGGCAUUGAUCUUCGUCUCCCCGCGGGCAAUUUCGGUAUUUCAGAACCACCACCUCCUCCGCUUCCCCAUGGCCACUGUCAUGUUCUCUCGAUUGCCAUCGUUAACGACAAACGGCGAGGAAACUGUCUGUAUCUCAAACCCGAGCGCUACGGCGUCCGUGGAAUUCGCAACUUGGCCCACCACGCUGUCAUGUAUGGCAAGUCGUUGAAGCGCAAGCACACCUUUGGCGGGAACGAAGUCCCUGGGAUGCGUAAGGAGCGUAUCCCGGAUGACUUCGUGGCCGCCUUCGCCGAGGCGGUUACUCCGCUUGACGGCGGGUCAGAUGCCAUUGCUGAGGUUGGCCGUCGGGGUAAGGGCGAGGGGAUAGGUGGGAUGCAUGAGUUUCUGACGAGGAGGUUAGGGGAUGGAGGUACGGCGCUGCCUGAGGGGUCUGAGAAGCGCAUACGGCAUCUUCUAGAGCGGCUUGAGUCUGCGUACGACUUUGUUGAUCUACGGUUUGGCAAUGAGGUUGUUAUCGACCUCCCGGCUGAGGUCAAGAGGUCACUUCCAGAAGCGUCGGGCGUUAUUGGUCCGUCACUAUUGCUACGGUGGCCGUCUCCGGACGCUACUCGAUAGGACGCGUGGUAAAUAAGGUACCUACCUACCUUAGGUAGCUCUACCAAGCUCCUUCUUGCGGGAUAAAACUCAUAGUGUGAAGUAUCAGUGAGAGUAUACAUUGAGUCUCUCUGCUUUGUUCGAACGGCUCUUCGGCAAUGUAUAUACCGGAUAAUGCUACC